AUGGAGGCGCUGGCGGCUAUGAAUGACGAUGACUUUGAGCGCGGAAAGGAGGAGUUCAGGGACUGGUGCGACAGUGCGGCGGAGGAUAUUGUGCGCAUCACUGACGGUGAGCAGUCCAAGAUGGCGGAGAAUCUGACAAGAAAUGUCGAAGUUCUUAGUCAGAGAGCUAUAACAAGCGCUUUAUAG